AUGGCUGAAUUGCAGAAUACAAAAGUCCAACAUCUGAUCAGGGAGGGUUCAGAUCAUGCCCCACUACAUGUUACUUGCAGUACAGGCCAGGAGCAAAUAUAUAAGCUUUUUAGAUUUCUCAACUUUUUGACAAAACAUCAUAGUUUUCAGAAAAUAGUGGAGGAUGUAUGGAAGAUGGAAGCAACAGGCUCACCACUCACAGUAGUGCAAACCAAAAUGAAAAGGGUGAAAUUGGCUUUGGUGCAAUGGAGUAGGACAACCUUUGGAAAUAUUUUUCAACAGGUAGCUACAUUGGAGGAUUUAAUAAGGGCCAAAAAGGUUCAGUUAGAAAUAAAUGCAUCAGAAGAAAACAGGACAACAUUGAAGAAAUCUGAGGCAGACCUAAAAAAAUACCUGCACAUUGAGGAAGAGUAUUGGAAGCAAAAAGCAGGCAUGAGAUGGUUUAAAGAUGGUGAUAGAAAUACAAAGUUUUUUCAUGCUUUUGUGAAUGGGAGAAGGAGAAAGAUGCAUAUAUUUGUGAUAAAAACCAGGCAAAGAUAUACAAUAACCACCACUCAAAAUAUUGGGAAAAAGGCAGUGAAUGUGUUCAAGGAACAAUUUAAGGAGACAUAUGUGCCUACAGAUUUUUCAAUGCUAGAACAUAUACCUAAAAUAAUAUCAGAAGAACAGAAUGAAGAAAUGGGAAGAUUACCAGCUGAAAAGGAGAUCAAAGAAGUGGUAUUUGCAUUAAAUGGUGAUAGUGCAAGUGGACCAGAUGGCUUCUCUGGACAGUUUUUUCAAAGUUGUUGGGAUACUGUGAAAUGGGACAUAGUCAACAUGGUAAGAGCUUUUUUCUGUGGUCAGGAGCUUCCUAGGUUUAUAACUCACACCAAUUUGGUUUUUAUUCCUAAAAAGGAGGUGGUGGAUAGUUUUGGUGAUUUGAGACCAAUAAGCCUAAGACAGUCAUACUCAAUAAAAAAAAUGAUGAAGGUGUUGAGAGAAUAUGAACAAGUGUCAGGUCAGAUGAUAAACCUAGACAAGAGCUUUGUAUAUUUGCAUGAAAAUGUGCCUCUUGGUGUAUGCAGGAAGAUAAAAAGAAUAACAGCUUGUGUCAUUACCGACCUGCAUAGAAUUUUUGUUAAGUUCUUUUGGGCUAACACUACUGGGGCCAAGAACAAGCACUGGGUAAGCUGGGAUAGAAUGUGCUAUCCAAGAGGGGAAGGAGGAUUGGGAUGGAGAUCAUUACAUGAUGUUUCAAAAGCCCUGUUUGCCAAGCUCUGGUGGAACUUCAGAACUUCCACAAACACUUUAUGGGCAUUUUUUAUGCGGAACAAAUACUGUAAGAAGCAUCACCCUAUUAUUGCUCAGGGAUAUGGGACAUCUCAUGUUUGGAGAAGAAUGACAUCAAUAAGGGAGGAAGUAGAGCAUGAAAUCUGGUGGCAAAAUAAGGCAGGUAAUUCUAGUUUUUGGUUUGACAAUUGGACCAAACAAGGAGCACUGUACCAUAUAGAAGAUACUGCAAAGGAAGAGGAGGUGGAGGUUAAGGAGUUCGAGGGGUGGGACAUGGAGAAGUUGCUUCAGAAUCUGUCACUGGAAAUGACUGAUCAUAUUAUGGAGAACAUUUCACCUCCAAACAUUUUGUUUGGAAAUGAUGUGGCCUGGUGGAUGGCAAAUGCACAAGGAAGAUUCACAGUUAAAUCAGCUUGGCAGAUUAUGAGAAACAAACAUGAAAAUAGAAGAGACUAUGAGCUAAUCUGGAAUAAGAGGUUGCCUUUUAAGAUUAAUUUUUUCUUGUGGAGAGUAUGGAAAAGGAGGAUUGCCACUGAUGACAAUCUUAAAAAGAUGAGAAUCAAUAGUGUCUAG